AUGAGGGCCACAUCGACAGAUUCAGCCGCUUUGAUUCUUCUACCCUUCGCGCUGUUCUUCGUACAAGUAAUUGGCGACAGCAAAUCGCGGACGUUCAUGAAUAUUAACGGUCAAAAGUCGCAAUUCAUCUCGUUUGACACUAAAGGUGGAGAUGUCGAAAUCACUUGGGAUGUAUCGGUUCCCUUCUUCACGAUACCGAUGAAUCAUAUAAGCGAGAAUGGCGAGGUGUUACCAUUGCUUAAUGUCAACACGAAAGGAUUGUCAAUUGCUGGUGUACUAACAGCCAUUCUCACUUUAGCGGUGCCCCUUUUAUCGAAGCCGGGCUCGGAAAUGCAAUAUCGAAGUCUCGACUCGCAAUGGUCGCAAAUGGGAGAUACAAUAAACGAAAUCGUGUUUAGCAAUCGGUACAUCACGCCUUGCAUCCAGCGCAUUAUUUGCACCAUCAUUUCCGAGGCGAGUCAUUCCGACAAUCCUACGAGUACCGAUAAGAUUAUCGAUGGAUUAUCAAGUCACAAGUGGUUUAAGGAAUUCACGAAUGGCACAGUCCUUCAAGAAGCUAUCAGGGUAGGUCGAGAAAAGCACCACGACUGCAGCCGCAUGUAUAAGGAAUGCUUUGUGACGCCAAAAAUUCUUAAAAGUAUGAUGGUUCAAUUUGGAGUAAUUUGA